UUUCUUUUAAAAAAUGGAUUCCUCACAACCUAAAUUAUCUCAUUGUUUCUUCCAGUAUUUUUUCGACGACAAAGUGCCUAAUGGUUAUCAGCCAAUACUUCAAGUUUUACAAAUUCGCCCACUUCAGGGACAGAACCAAUUAAGGGCUAGACUUUCUGAUGGGAUUUUUGCUUAUGCUGGUUGUGUUGUUACAAAUCUUAUUUCGGCAAGAUUUCAAGCUGAUCAACUCUCUACAAAUAAUGGAAUUAUUCAAGUUACAAAGUGGAAGAGAACUUUUACAUCAGGGAAGAUUGUCUUCAACAUGCUUGAUUACAAUUUAAUCUCUUUGGAAUUUCCUGUCAUUGGUAAUCCUCAAGCACAUUCUGGCAAUCCUGAAGAAUAUCGAAAUUACAUGCAGAACCAAUCCGAUUUUUUACAACACACGCCAACAAAAACAGAACCAGAAAAUGCAUGGGGAACAUCUUCAGCAAAAAGAGGACGUAAUAACUCUUCUCCAGAACGUCAGCCUUUGACUAAACGUCAACCAAAUGCUUCUGCUAUGCCGGGAAUUGUUCCAAUUGGAUUAAUUACUCCUUAUUGCAACAAAUGGCGAAUUUGUGGAAUUGUCAGUUCAAAGGAUCCUCAAAUUAAAGAAUUUACCAACGCUAAAGGAAAAUUUCGAGUUUUUGGUUUUGUUUUAACUGACCAAAGUUCGAGUUCAAUUCGAAUUUCUGCUUUUUCUGAGGUUGCUGAUAAAUAUUUUCCAAUGUUGGAAAAUGGACAGGCUUAUUAUGUUAGUGGUGGUGCUCGUGCUGGUUCUGUCAAAGCAGCAAAUAAGCAAUUCAACAACACUGGGCAUGAUUAUGAAAUUGUUUUGGAUCGAGAUUCUGAGAUUGUUUACUGUAAUGAUAAAUUUGAGCCUCCAAAACUUCGUUUGAAACCCGUCCAUUUGGUUAACAUUCCACAACAUGCUAAUGAAUGUGUUGAUGUUCAAGCAGUUGUUGAGCGUGUAGGUGAACCUACUCAAGUUAUGAGCCGAAAAGAUCAACGUCUUUUGGAUAAACGAGAAGUUUUUUUGGUUGAUAAAUCUGGAACAGAAAUUUGCCUUACUCUUUGGAAUGAAAUGGUUCAAAGUUUUGAAGUUGAGCCUGGGAAAGUUAUUGGAAUUAAGGGCGCUGUUGUAAGAGAAUUUAACGGUUAGCUUAUAAUUUUUCAAAA